AUGAGGUAUAAUUCAUUAACUAUGAAAAAUGAUGCCAGUCAAAUGGCCACAGUUGAUUCGUUCCAGGCCCAUAUCAAUCAAUGUGGCCAGGUUUUGGAACCAUGUCAAUAUAAAUGUGGUGUGUAUGUACCAAGAAAAUCUCGUGAAAAGCAUGCACAAGAUUGCAUCGAAAGACGACGGCGGCACCGGUUAAGUAGCCACGCAACGUUAGAACGAUUGUCUAACACAUUACCUUCAUCUUAUACGGCUUCUAAUAGUGCAUCAAAUUCAACAUCACAAACAAGUACGUUAAGGAGAACACCACCCAGUUUAAAUCGAACACCACCAAAUUGUCUAACACCACCAAAAGAAACAUUAGAUUUUCAGUCAAUUGAAGUAAAAAUUAGAAAUCAACAACAAGUCGUUCGAAAACAACGUCUGUUAAUAUUGGAACAUUUAGAAAGGGAAUUAACAAAAUUUAGUAAAGAAUUAAAUCAAGAUCGAAAAUUUCAUGAUUCACAGUUUGCAUCGUUAAAAGAUGAUUUUUUAGGUUUUAAAGAAUAUUUAAAUCGUGAAAAUGUCAUGAUCAGUGGUAUUUGGAAUGAACAGUUACAAGAAUUACAUAAAUUUAAAACAGAUUUAAAUGAUAUUGAUGCUGAGUUAAAAGAAUUUGGUUUAAAACAACACGCAAACAUAUUUCAAAUUAAAACAAAUACACAAAUAAGUCACGAAAAUCUUGAGAGAAUUACGUUAAUUGAACAAGAAAUAAACAGAUUACAACAAAAAUUUAUACAGUUAAAUCAAAAUUAUGAUGAUUUAAUUAGUUCGAGUAAUGCACAUAAUUGUUCGAUUAUUAGUAACACGAACGGCCACAUUAUUUGGAAAAUUUCACCGUAUUCAGAAAAAUUGCAAGACGCCAUCGAAAAUAAUACAGUAUUUCGUAGUCCAAUUUUUUUAAGUAACAAUUUUGGAUAUAAAUUACAGAUGGUUGCAUAUUUAAAUGGAUUGGGUAAAUGGAAAGGUAGAAAUUUAAUAAUGACGAUGCAUGUAUUAAAAGGUGAAUGGGAUCCGCUUUUAGAAUGGCCAUGCAAUUUACCUACGACAGUAAUUUUAAGGGAUCAAAAUUUUAGUAAAAGUCAAAAAAACGUCUCUGGUUAA